AUGGUUAAAACUUGGAACGUUGGAAUUGGAUGUGGAGGCAACAAGGGUGUGUUUGGUUCUCUGACUACACUCACUCACUCCUUCUCUCUUCUCAGUGUACCACACGCUGCCACUGCCCACUGCCACUAUGGCCCAGCUCUGCCACCGCACCUCACCUCACCACCAAUGGGUUCAGACGCUGCUGCCACCAAACUCUCCUCUUCUGAGUCCCUCAACGGUUUGAAAUUCGGCCAAAAAAUCUAUUUUGAGGAUGUGGGUCUGGCUACUCCAGCCACUUUUACUUCUGCUGCUGCUGGUGUUACUUCUUCUUCCUCCUCUUCUUCAAGGAAAGGAAGAGGUGGGUCUGUUCAACCAACUCAGCCUCCUAGGUGUCAAGUUGAAGGGUGUAUGGUAGAUCUGAGUGAUGCCAAAGCUUACUAUUCUAGGCACAAGGUCUGUGGCAUGCAUUCUAAAUCCCCUACAGUCAUUGUUGCUGGCCUUCAGCAAAGGUUUUGUCAACAGUGCAGCAGGUCAAUAGUUCUUUCAUUGUUUUUUGGUGUGAUUCUUUAUGUCUGUUCUGGUGGAGAUGUUUGGUUCAGUAAUGAUUUGGCUGAUUGUGCUCGCGAAUUGAUUCUUGCACCCCAGUUUGACUUGUUAACACUUCAAUUUCUGGCUGAGAAGCAAUCUAUUUUCCUCAAUGAGAACAAUCAGAAAAUGGGAAAAGAAUACUCUUCUGAAUAUGCUAAGAUAAAAUCCAUGUUACUAGCAAUGUAUGUUAAAGCUGAAUUCUAUGUAUCAUGGUCCCACACCAUGAGCAACGUUUUGAGGAUUGUUUCUGCAAACACAAGAUUUCACCAGCUUCCGGAGUUCGAUCAAGGAAAAAGAAGUUGCCGCAGGCGACUAGCUGGCCAUAAUGAACGUCGGAGAAAGCCCCCACCCAGCUCCCUCUUAACCUCUCGCUAUGCCAGGCUUUCUUCAUCUGUUUUUGAUAAUAGUGGCAGGGGUGGCAACUUUCUGAUGGAAUUGACCUCGCAUCCAAAGCUUAGUCUGAGAAAUUCACUUCCAACUCCUAGAUCAUCCGAAUUAGCUCCUGGAAAUCAAACCUCCACACUUAGCUGGCACGGCAACUCAGAGACACCAUCUGACAUUUUCUUACAAGGUUCACUGAGUGGGACAAACUUUGCCGCCCCCGGUCAUCCUCCAGGGGAAAGUUACACUGGUGUCACUGACUCGAGCUGUGCUCUCUCUCUUCUGUCAAGUCAAACAUGGGGUUCUAGAAACACAGCACCAAGUCUUGGGUUGAAUAGCAUGAUAAAUUUCAAUGGGACACCCAUGGCACAACUUACUGCAUCAUCUCAUGGUACAUCAAUCCAUGAACUUCCAAAUGCCUCGUGGUGUUUCAAGGGCAUUGAUUCCGGUAACUGUUCGCCCGAGGUUGUCCCUGAUCUAGGUCUGGGUCAUAUUUCACAGCCUCUCAAUAGCCAACUUCCUGGUGAGCUGGAUCUGUCUCAACAGGGCAGGAGGCAUUACAUGGAUCUAGAACAGUCUAGGACAUAUGAAUCUGCUGAUUGGUCACUUUAA